GUAAUAACUAUCUAAACACCUGUGACUUGAUUUCUGUUGCGUACUGGAUUAUGACCUUGUUCAGAUAAACGCCUAGUUAUUUUGUCACAUCAAUACACAGUUAUUGCUGAGAUGUCGCUGUUGAUAAUGAUUUACAAAUUAUCUCAAAAUCAAUUUACGAGAAAGACUUUCUGAUUUUAGUGUUACAUUUUUAUUCUUUGCUGGAAGUCACAAAAAGAGGACAAUAUGAAAUAUGUGCUUUCCGAGAUAUUUUCUUUGGAUUAUUUUUUUCUCAAGCCUCGCAGGAGAAAAAAACAAUAUGGUAACAUGCAGUUCUAAGAAUCGAUUAUCGUGCUCAUUACAUACGUAUGAACCAGAGUGUGAUCCACAGUAUAUGUCUUCAGAAUAUCCAUUAUUAUUUGGAGGAGCAAAUUCAGAAGCACCAGCUGAUUUUCCUUUGAAUUUUAGGUCAAAGGUUAUUUCCAAAAAUGGGACAGUCGGUAUCAUGCUCAUAUGGCAGCAGUAUUUCAGAAGUUAUAACCCAGUAAUUCAGGGAUAUCAAAUCGUCAUGGAAGGAAAAGAUGGCAUCGAUUUUGGAAGUGGUAGAUGCUUAAUAUUAGAACUUCAAAACAAGACAAAUAUAGUUCUGGAUUCAUUUGAAACAUUUUACCUCAUGAUAGAUGGUGUUCAGCCAAUGUCUACUUAUGGCUUUCUUCUAUACAACUUACCUCGCUUCAAUCCGUUUCAACAACACACACACAUGUUAGAAACAGAUGUUGACACAACUGGAUUUGCCGAUCAUUUUCGACUUUUUUCUGGAAACUGGGACCAGUAUGUUGAAUGUUUAUUUAUCAAAGAGACAAAUUCAAUACAGAUUCUCAUAGAAAUACCUCCGAAUGAUUUUCAGAUGACAUUAUUUGAUAUUAGCGUAUUUGAUAAUUUUCAAAUGGAUAUAGCCAACAUAAACAUUAACUCAAGCAUAUACAGUGUUCAUCAAGAUCAACUUCAUCUUUUCACCAACGGCUACAUUUCUACGAACUUCAGUAUUACGAAAUCAGUAGAAUUUAUCGAAGUAUGGGUAACACCAGUUGACAUUUAUAGUUAUUCUCCGUCCAAAUGUUUAUGUCAUCUCAGAGACCGACAUUGUGUGCCGUGUAGAACAGCAACCACGAAAUGCUCUGUCGGUAAAGAGAUCAUUGAAGCUUUACAUCACAAUGAUUCGACAAAAGAUUGGAAUUCGUUGACAAACGGAAAGACAGAUCUUAUUGCUUGGUUAUGUGUUGGGGGUUUAUUAAUGCUUGCUUCUGUUUGUGCCUUCAUAGUUUUCAGAAAGCAAUAUGGCUCGUGUUUAGAUGUAUCACAGUGUAUAUCUUCAGAAACGAGUCAUCCUCAAACUAAUUUAAACAAUGAACAUAUUGGUAUUGAUGAAGUAUCCGAGACUGAUCAUGUUAUACCAAAUGAGACUGACAAUAAUGGAACUAGCAGAGAAAGUAAUGAAGAGGCUUUUCCUUUAGUUGACUCAUAUAGUCUACCACGCAGUCAUUCUGACAUGAAAGAAAUGAUGGAAACUUAUUUUAGUUUUAUUCCACCGGAAACCAGCUCAGAGAUGUCAAAGGCAAUUAGUGAACAAAUGGUUGAUAUUAAUCGUGAAUUUCUUCCAGCGAAUGCUUCUGAGUCAAAUGAAAAUAACGAAUAUCCGGAUUUCACUCACGAAUCUAAAAGUCUUAGCAAUGAGAGCGUUUAACAUCCCACAAAUCUGCACUGUUUCGAUUUGAAUCUAUAAGUCACAGAUGAAAAACAAAAUAACAAAAUUUAAAAAUGGUUUACUUCACGAAAAAGAGGCAUUCAUAUCUCUUAAACUAAAUUACUUCACAAUUUAAUGUGUUAGCUCAAAUCAUCACGACGCGUUUUCAAAUCUCAUUCUGAAAACCUUUAUUUCGAAAAUUAACGAAGCU